GUCUUUGUAAGAAAGGUCUAUUUCUAGAUUAAUUAUCAGAUGUCAUAGCUCUUACAAGGCCUUGCAAUAUUGCUUGGGAAAUUAAUAAACUAACAAAGUUUACAAAUGGAAACUACAUUGUAGCCCUAAGACAGAAGAGCUUUGACAUGGAGAGGUCCAAUGAAAUGAGAUUGUAAACUAAUAGAGAGUUGUGACACUACUGUAGAGUUCUGAUAGUAGCGACCCUCAUUACUUUCGGAAUUAGCAGCCUUUGGGGGUCGCUACUUUGGGGGGCCGCUAUUUUUGGGAUUUUCUAGCGGCCAGAAAAAAUUGACGUUAAUUUCGGGGGGUCGCUACUUUUGGGACGUCGUUACUAUUGGAACUUUAUGGUACUACAAUAACUAUUAAAUUAAAUGUACAUUAUAUCAACCCUUACUAACAGAAUAAACCAUAACUGGUUUUCAGUUUAUGAUGAGCAAAAAGCCAUUGAUGCUGAAAGUAAAAGAGCUGCAGCAGCAAAAGACAAGGCACAGGAACAACAGAAAGCCAUCAACAAAGCAACAGUGAAGGCAAAUGAUUCUGCUACAGUGCCAAGUAGAUCAGAACCUCUACCAGGCAAGAAAAGAACUGGUGAUAAGGCUGAAAAGGCAACUGAUGACUUCUUUUAUGAGAAAUUUAGGAAGCGUGCUCGAGAUUCAUGGAGAUAUCAGUAAACUUUAAUGUUGUUGUUGUUAAUGUUGUGAAUGAGGAUAACAUGUUAAUGAAAUUUGGUCAAGAUUACGUGUAUAUGUACAUGUACCAAAUUUCAUUUUUAUUUGAUUUAUGCAGCAGCAAGCUGAAUUGAGCUGAGUAUUUUGUAAUUUCCAUUUAUGCACUCACAUUAGCUAACUAAAUUGAAGUUGUACAAUAGAUGCUGUUGUUAACUGAUUUUCAUUUUAAAACUGCCACUUUCUUUGCUAGCUCUGAUGUUUGAACCAAAAUUAACUUGAAAGAAAACCUCUCUUUAAUGUAUACUGCUAGUGGGAGCAAAAUAUUAACAAGCACCACCCAUCUCAAAAGUCCCCUAUCAAUAAUUUUUUGAGGCUGUUUAUGCUGAUGAUGUUGAUCAUCAAAGGCAACAUAGCCUUUGUAACGCUAAAUUUUGUUUUGUCAGUUUCUUUCUCAUAUAUUCACCAACUUUAAAAUUCUCCAUUCACCAUUUUCACAUUUCCCAAAGUACCUGGUACACCUUGUUUCCCUAUUAAAUUUUGCAUAAGCAUUGUCUUUUAUAUCUCUUGGGACGACUGUAAUACCCAGGAGAACUAAAAAACAAAGGUUAUGCAAAGUUAUGGGGGGCAAACAAGGUGUAUUAUGGAAAAUGUGCAAAUGUCGAAUAGCAUUUAAAUCAUAUUUAAUAUGCAACCUACUACCAUUCUAGUCCUAGCACUAUGCAAGAGAUUUGUCACCAUAGUUUAAUGGCUUUAAUUCCCAUAAGUCUCCUAUAGCUAGGUGGUAGAGCGUCUAUACUAGAAACCGGAAUGUGAUGGGUUAAAAUCCUGUCGGGAGAACUUUAUUUUCUUUUUUCUGCAUUGCCAGUGUCACCAACCCAAAUAACAUCAUUCUCAUAUUCACCAGGCUUAAAAUUAGCCUGUGCCAGGCUCUCGGUCGGUGCACACGAGCGAAAAUAGUAAGCAGGCAGUGAAAUAGUGAACAAGUGAAAAACAGCUGGAAGAAAGAAGGGGAGAGCCCCUGAGAGAGAGCCCUACCAUGCCUACCCCCUGAAAAACCGUUUCACAUGUCAAAAUGUCAAAACGUUAAAAGUUUCAUCGUAGCAGGGUUUACACAUGCUCUACAUGUUUGUUAGACUCUGUGUGUGCGAAGCCAAAUGACUGAUGUAAGUGUUGAAGUAAACUUUGACAAUUGACCAAUCAUAGGGUAUAUCUGUUCAGGAGCUGACAUACUGGAAUGAAUUAUUGAAAACAAUGCUUACAGGCUCCACUUCUCCAUCUCUCCCCAGCCCCCAUGCGGU